AUGUGUAUGUUUUUGUUUAGAGGUGAGCAUUUGGAGAAGAGGAAGGUAACUCUAGCUAAUCUCAAGGAUAAGCCAGCUCCGUCAACUCCAACAGCCCCAUCUUCAAGCUUCAGUGCUAGUAGUGGAGUACGAUCAGCUGCAGCCCGGUUGUUGGGGGCUGGCAAUGGAAGCCGUGCGCUUAGUUUUGUUGGAGGGAAUGGUGGGAGUAAAAGUGUUAGUGGCAGUAGUAGAAUUGGAUCAUUGGGUGCUUCAAGUUCAAGUAAUUCCAUAAUCAAUCCAAAUUUUGAUGGAAAAGGGACUUACUUGGUCUUCAAUGUGGGGGAUGCAAUUUUUAUAAGUGAUUUAAACUCUCAAGAUAAGGAUCCAAUAAAGUCUAUACAUUUUAGUAAUUCAAACCCAGUGUGUCAUGCCUUUGAUCAAGAUGCUAAAGAUGGACAUGAUUUGCUCAUUGGGUUGAAUUCUGGUGAUGUCUACUCGGUGUCACUGAGACAGCAAUUACAGGAUGUUGGAAAGAAGCUGGUUGGGGCCCAACAUUAUAACAAAGAUGGUUCUGUUAAUAACAGCCGCUGUACAAGUAUUGCGUGGGUGCCUGGAGGUGAUGGUGCUUUUGUUGUUGCUCAUGCUGAUGGGAAUUUGUAUGUGUACGAGAAGAGUAAGGAUGGUGCAGGUGAGUCAUCAUUCCCUGUUAUCAAAGAUUUAACUCAAUUUUCUGUUGCACAUGCGCGUUAUAGCAAGAGUAACCCUGUUGCCAGAUGGCAUAUUUGCCAAGGAUCAAUUAAUAGCGUUGCUUUCUCUUCAGAUGGGGCCUACUUAGCAACUGUUGGAAGAGAUGGUUAUUUACGAGUUUUUGAUUAUACUAAAGAACAACUUGUUUGUGGCGGGAAAAGCUAUUAUGGUGCUCUUCUAUGUUGUGCAUGGAGCAUGGAUGGAAAAUACAUUUUGACUGGAGGUGAAGAUGAUUUAGUUCAAGUUUGGAGUAUGGAAGAUCGAAAGGUAGUGGCAUGGGGUGAGGGGCACAACUCAUGGGUUAGUGGAGUAGCCUUUGAUUCAUAUUGGUCAUCACCAAAUUCAGAUGGUACAGGGGAGACUAUAAUGUAUCGUUUUGGAUCUGUGGGUCAGGACACACAAUUGCUUCUGUGGGACUUAGAAAUGGAUGAGAUUGUUGUGCCAUUACGCCGAUGCCCUCCUGGUGGAUCUCCUACUUUCAGUACAGGAAGUCAAUCAUCACAUUGGGACAGUAUUGUCCCGAUUGGUUCUCUGCAACCUGCUCCAAGCAUGCGAGAUGUACCAAAACUGUCCCCACUAGUUGCACAUCGUGUCCACACGGAACCACUCUCUGGCUUGAUUUUUACUCAGGAAUCUGUUCUUACUGUUUGUCGAGAGGGCCACAUAAAAGUCUGGAUGAGACCUGGUGCUGCAGAGAGCCAGUCAGGCAACUCUGAAACCGUCUUAAGUAGCAGUUUCAAGGACAAGCCAUUGUUAUCAAGUAAGGUUGGGAAUUCAAGUUAUAAACAAUGACCAAACUUCCAUGAAAUCUGAGGCAAAGCCAAUCUCUUAUUUUUGUGGAUUUGUAUUUCUAUUUGCUAGUGUGGCCGUUCUGUUUCAGCCUGUUGGUAUUCUCACAAUUGGCACUGGGGGAAAGUAAUUUGAUUUCAGUGAGAUAAAUCAAUUGGUUUCAAUUGUAUAUUUAGGGAUAUAAAGUGCUAUUGAUGGCAUUACAAGAGCUGUGGAGGGAGGGUACCUCCAUUGUAAGUACAAAACGGCUGUUUCUAGGAUAAAUUUCUAUAUAGAUUUAAAAAGUUACUGACAGGAAUAAUUGGAAGUUGUUCCUUUGAGAUUUCUGUUUCUUUUAUAGGUGAAUGUUCAUUUAAUUCUCUUAGUGAUGUUACUAAUGUAAUGCACCUCUUAGUUAUCCUGGUGAAACACUAACAGUAGCAGCUUCAUGUAAUGACUAUAGAACACUUAUUUGCCUAUUGGCCCUUUUAUUUGUAAUUUUCUUUAUAAAUUGAGACCUGUGGCUUGUCCUGUGCAUA